UUUCAGAAGUGAUAGUACAGCUUAGUUGGCAUUUUCUCUUUGAUUUCAGCUGGUCUCCAUAACUCCCCAGUGAAAGACGUAGAGCAGUGCCUCUACUUCGCAUUCAGAGAAUUCAGUGCAUACAAAAUCAGCUUCUGUUGUAUCAUCAGAUUCCAUUUCUACUUCUGCAGACAACUUUUCUCCUGAUUUGAGGGUCCUGAGGGAGUCUAACAAAUUAGCAGAAAUGGAAGAACCACCCUUGCUUCCAGGAGAAAAUAUUAAAGACAUGGCCAAAGAUGUGACUUACAUAUGUCCAUUCACUGGUGCUGUACGAGGGACACUGACUGUCACGGAUUACAGGCUGUAUUUCAAAAGCAUGGAGCGGGACCCCCCAUUUGUUUUAGAUGCUUCUCUUGGCGUGAUAAGUAGAGUAGAAAAAAUUGGUGGUGCUUCUAGUAGAGGUGAAAAUUCUUAUGGCUUAGAAACUGUGUGCAAGGAUAUUAGGAAUUUACGAUUUGCUCAUAAACCUGAGGGGCGAACAAGAAGAUCCAUAUUUGAGAAUCUGAUGAAAUAUGCAUUUCCUGUUUCUAAUAACCUGCCUCUCUUUGCUUUUGAAUACAAAGAAAUAUUUCCAGAAAAUGGGUGGAAACUGUAUGACCCUCUUUUAGAGUAUAGAAGGCAGGGAAUUCCCAAUGAAAGCUGGAGGAUAACAAAGAUAAAUGAACGAUAUGAACUUUGUGAUACAUAUCCUACGCUCUUGGUUGUGCAAGCAAAUAUUCCUGAUGAAGAGUUAAAGAGAGUGGCGUCCUUCAGGUCAAGGGGCCGCAUCCCAGUAUUGUCGUGGAUUCAUCCUGAAAGUCAAGCCACCAUCACUCGGUGCAGCCAGCCCAUGGUAGGGGUGAGUGGAAAGCGCAGUAAAGAAGAUGAGAAGUACCUUCAAGCCAUCAUGGAUUCCAAUGCCCAGUCUCAUAAAAUCUUUAUAUUUGAUGCCCGACCAAGUGUCAAUGCUGUUGCCAAUAAGGCAAAGGGUGGAGGUUAUGAAAGUGAAGAUGCUUAUCAGAAUGCAGAGCUCGUUUUCCUGGAUAUCCACAAUAUUCAUGUUAUGAGAGAGUCACUACGAAAACUGAAGGAGAUCGUGUACCCGAAUAUUGAGGAAACUCACUGGCUGUCUAACUUGGAGUCUACACACUGGCUGGAGCAUAUUAAGCUUAUUCUUGCAGGAGCUCUCCGGAUUGCCGACAAGGUAGAGUCGGGGAAGACUUCCGUGGUGGUGCACUGCAGUGACGGUUGGGAUCACACAGCGCAGCUGACUGCACUUGCCAUGCUCAUGUUAGAUGGCUACUACCGAACCAUCCAAGGGUUUGAAGUCCUUGUGGAGAAGGAGUGGCUCAGCUUUGGACAUCGAUUCCAACUAAGAGUUGGCCACGGAGAUAAGAACCAUGCAGAUCCAGACAGAUCACCCGUUUUCCUUCAGUUUAUCGACUGCGUCUGGCAAAUGACAAGACAGUUUCCUACGGCAUUUGAGUUCAAUGAGUAUUUUCUCAUCACCAUUUUGGACCACCUGUACAGCUGUCUGUUCGGAACAUUCCUCUGUAAUAGUGAACUGCAGAGAGGGAAGGAGAAUCUUCCUAAAAGGACUGUGUCUUUGUGGUCUUACAUAAAUAGCCAGCUGGAAGACUUCACUAAUCCUCUGUAUGGGAGCUAUUCCAAUCACGUCCUUUAUCCAGUAGCCAGCAUGCGCCACCUAGAGCUUUGGGUGGGGUAUUACAUAAGGUGGAAUCCACGCAUGAAACCACAGGAGCCCAUUCACAGCAGAUACAAAGAACUUCUGGCUAAGCGAGCAGAGCUUCAGAAAAAAGUAGAGGAACUACAGAGAGAAAUUUCCAACCGCUCCAGCUCCUCCUCAGAGCGAGCCAGCUCUCCUGCGCGGUGUGUGGCUCCUGUCCAGACAGUGGUGUGAAAGGACGGACAGGGGCAUCACUGCUGCGACCUUGUCGUGACGCAGCCGUAUGAGUAGAAACACUUCUGUGUCUCAACUCAUCUGUGAGAAAGUCCAGAUGCUUUAUUUAUUUUGUCUAAGAUGAGUUUAGAGCUACAGCACUAUGGGUGACUUCAUUUGUAAUUACACAGUUAUGACACUAAUCUUAUGUCACCCAAAAGAUUAAAAUGUUUCAGUUCUGUAUCCACAGUGAAAACAAGUUUCUAAUCUAAAGGGAAAACUUUAGGGUCUGGUAAGAGCAAAGUACAAACUAGUUUAGAAACAUACCUCUGGAUGGAAGAAUGUUCACUGCACAGAGGAGUAACAGUUUUCAAACCAAAUCAACAUUAAAAUUCUGUGGUAUCCCUUAUAUUGCCUUUAUGUAUGACCAAUUAAAAUCAUGACAUUCCUUUUCCUUGUUGUAACUGAUGGAUGCACUUUUCAGCCUCCACGCUUAAGAGUACGGGGCAGACCUGAGGAUGUUAGGGUACAAUGAAAGCCCAGUGUUCCCAGCAGCUGUUCCAAAGCAAUGCCUUACAGAGCUGCUGUGGGAGGACGAAGGGGACAAAGCAGCAGCCAUUGUGGAUGGAAGGAAUUCCCUGUGCUCCAGUUUGUCCAGGUACAAGUAGCAUUAUGAAAGUGUUUUAGAAACUCAACUAUUUUACUUUUUUACUUAAAUGCUAAUUGGUAAGUUCUAAGGCAAUAUGGACUUUUAAGUCAGUCUGAAUAGCUUAUUGUGGUAAGUACUGUGCUCAAAAUUUGUAUGAAUUAGUUUACUACUGUUUUCCUGGCAAAUUCUAUCAUCCCAUCAAAUGAUUACAUCUACCAAAGAAUAUACUGCAUGUAAAGAUGAAUACAAUCUCAAUGCCAGUAAAAGAAAUCUUGUUUCACUGUUCGAAUGCCUGAGUUUGGUGCUGGUAUAAACAUUUGACUCUCUGAUGUCUACUUUAUAUAAGAGCCAUAUGUAAUGUACUGUAACAAAGGAGCUUCUUAUCCCUUGGUCUUUUAAUUAAAAGAAAUUUCAACUAA